AGAUCUUCAGCUCAAGCAGCAAACCAGCGGCUCAGUAGCGCAGCGAAGUUUGGAGAUCCAUCCCCAUGUGCGAUGGGCCAAGCGCCGGUUCAAUGCUGCCAGCAAGAAAGGCUAGAUGAUGAAAUUCGCUUUGGAGUCUUCAACUUUCGGUGUGAUGUUGACAAGGACGAAUGCUUACACGACCGAGUUUAUGUGGCCAGCAUGGCCAGCUGGAGCGAAAGUGCCAGCCAUUCGGCGCAGCUCGUCAUCGACAAUGAUGAACAAGGUGUCAUGUACGAGGUGGCCGGACAGCCAGUGUCCAUACAGACACUCAACUACUCUCCGGUGAGCUACGACUUCUGCGAGACCACCGACGCAUCGCGGUCACAAGAGCGCUACUCCAAUGCCCUGGUGCAUACCGCGCGGAUCACCACGCGUCGGCAGCUGCUGGACCGACGGGCAUGGCUUGCUUCUGCUGUGCAAGGCAGACAUGCCAUGCUGCUGAACAGCACUGAGGAGGCAAUCCCGUUGGUGCGGCAUCCAGCCAAGUACUUCUUGGACGACAACCAUUCUGCUUUGUCCUUCCUACCGGGUGGAACAGAGCUAGAGCCGGUGGUCAUCAUGAUGGAUGCCAUCCAGGCGAUUUGUUCCCUGACCGACAGCAUGCUGCGGAUCACGCAGUGGGAUCUACAUCUCACGGAGCUGGAGAAGAACUGCGGCAUCUUGUUGAAGUAUCGUGAUGACGAUGCAGAGCAGACUUCCAAAGAGAUCUGCUUUUUGGAAGAGUCUGAAGCUGCAAAGGAGUUGUUUGUCACUGUGCUCACGGUCCUGUGGCUGGAGAAGCCUCACUCGCAUUCCGUUUGGUUCUGAAUGCUUUCACCCCAGGUUUGGCUAACAAAGCAUAGCCUCACAGAAAAAUCAUCGCCCCCGUGUAGACGAAAAGAGGCAGCGAUGAGUUGGAAAAGAGAUCUGACGCAGUGAUUGAAGAGUCACAGGUGCUUUUGUGUGGAUUGAACAGUCACACGAGGUGGUCAUUUUGUUGCGCCCAUCCAAUUCGUUUCUCGCGGCGACCCACUUCGAGGAAACAUAGGAAACUGGGAGGUCGUAGUCUCAACUGCGGGAGUUCGACAUCUUCACUCGUCUGGCGCUUACAGUGGUUUCAGAGCUUCGAUGGCACAAGUUACCC